GGCGGUCCGGGGCCCGAGCUCCGGUCCCCUCCGCUCCCCUCCGUCCUCCGCCAUCUCCCCCGAGCGCCCCGACCUCCUCCGGCGCCGCGGGGAACAUGCGGCUCCGUUCCCGGAGGCCGGCGAGUGACUGACCCGCGUACCCCCGCCUCAGCCCGCCCGCCCGCCGGCCCGGCCGCUCCCCCCCGCUUCGCCCAGGCAAUGACAGCGGCUCCGGCGUCUCCGCAGCAGAUGAGGGACCGGCUGCUGCAGGCCAUCGACUCCCAGAGCAACAUCCGGAAUAUGGUGGCAGUGUUGGAAGUGAUCUCCAGUCUGGAGAGAUACCCCAUCACCAAAGAGGCACUGGAGGAGACACGGCUAGGAAAGCUCAUCAAUGACGUCCGCAAGAAAACCAAGAAUGAGGAGCUGGCCAAGCGGGCCAAGAGGCUGCUGCGGAGCUGGCAGAAGCUCAUCGAGCCCGUGCACCAGAAUGAGGUGGCGCUAAGAGCGCUGGCAGGGGCUGCGGGCUCUGCCAAUGGGGGCGCACACAAUUGCCGGCCGGAGGUGGGGGUGGCCGGUGCCCCUAAGAGCAUCCAGGACCUUAAGAAGCGCAAUGACAUCCAGAGGCUCCCCGGGCAACGGCUGGACAGGCUGGGUGGCCGUAAGCGCAGGGGCGACCAGCGGGACCUGGGCCACCCGGGGCCACCCCACAAAGUUUCCAAAGCCAGUCCUGACCCCCUGGUCCCCAGCGCAUCCCCUCUCCCCACCAAUGGGAUCAGCGGGAGCCCAGAGAGCUUACCCAGCCCCCUGGACGGCAGUGGGCACUUGGGCCCUGAAGGCAGCCGCCUGGAGCCCAGCGAGAACGAGAAGCACAGCAACAAGAUCCCCGUGAACGCUGUGCGGCCACGCCCCAGCUCCCCAGGCUUGGGCAAGCUGCCCAUGCCCUGCCUACAGACCAAGGCUGCACAGCUGCAGCAGCUGGACAGGGCGGAUGAGCCCCCAGGCCCUCCCCAUCCUAGAGGGUCCUCUCGCUGCUCCUUCAGCCCCCGGAACUCACGGCACGAGGGCUCCUUUGCCCGGCAGCGGAGCUCAUACACAACCAAGGGCCCAGUGUCUAGCCCCUCCCCACGGCCACAGCCACUGGACACCACGCAGGUGCCAUCCCCACUCCCAUUGGCCCAGCCACCCACACCCCCUGUGCGGCGGCUAGAGCUGCUGCCCAGUGCUGAGAGCCCCGUGCACUGGCCGGAACAUCCCGAGGGCCACCCACGGCUAACGGGGCUGGCCUGCAGGGCUGGGUUGUCCCCAGAUUCUUCCAAGGCGGACAGUGAUGCUGCCUCUUCGGGCGGCUCAGACAGCAAAAAGAAAAAGAGGUAUCGACCUCGAGACUACACGGUGAACUUGGACGGGCAGGUGGCUGAGACCGGAGUCAAGCCUGUGCGGUUAAAAGAGCGGAAGCUCACCUUUGACCCCAUGACCAGACAGAUCAAACCCCUGACCCAGAAAGAGCCAGUGCGGGCUGACAGCCCCACACCCACGGAGCAGCUCCCUAGGACAGAGCUGGACCAGCAGGAGGCCAAGGCCAGCCUCCAGAGCCCUUUUGAGCAGACGAACUGGAAGGAGCUGUCGCGUAACGAGAUCAUACAGUCCUACCUGAGCCGCCAGAGUAGCCUGCUGUCCUCAUCAGGCGCGCAGACCCCAGGAGCGCACCACUUUAUGGCUGAGUACCUGAAGCAGGAGGAGAGCAGUCGGCGAGGGGCCCGGCAGCCCCACGUGCUGCUGCCACUGCCCACGCCUACUGACCUCCCAGGCCUCACGCGGGAGGUCACACAGGACGAUCUGGACAGAAUCCAGGCCCAGCAGUGGCCAGGGGUGAACGGGUGUGAGGACACACAGGGUAAUUGGUAUGACUGGACGCAGUGCAUAUCGCUCGACCCGCAUGGCGACGAUGGGCGCUUGAACAUUCUGCCUUAUGUCUGCUUGGACUGAGCUCCUGGCCUGGCCAUCAAGUGCAUUCCCACCUUGUAGGGGCUAAGCUGGCCAGCCAGGAGGGCGGGCGUGAGGCCCGCUCUCUGCCCUCCUUUUGUGAAAUGCUGCUACCAGUUUACUAACGAUUGCAAAGGAAGGGCCGCUUGGAGGGGCAGAUGGCCAAGGGAGUCCAGAACUCUGGCAAGCCAGCUAUAAAGCGUUAGUCCCCCAGCCCAGAAGAGGUGCAGAGCCCCCUCUAGCACCAAAGGCGGGGAGCUCAGUGGCUGGCAGGCAGGCAGGCAGGCACAGGAACCCUGUGGGAGAGGUUACCUUAACAGCAACAGACACACAUCUCAUCUCUGUAUCUCCUGCUCUUUGACUCUGGUGUCUUUCAGGCACAGGCCUCUCCGGCCUCUGCUGAGCCAGUGUUUUCUUUUCCGUCGUUUUUUGUGCUGGAAGCUUUUCUGCUGUGGUGAGCCUGGCGUUGUGUGGGUGGCCAGCCUAACCCACACUGCACAGGCAUCCUACCCAUAUGUAUAUGGUUUCAGUUCAAUCCCAGUUCUUAAAGAAAUGCUGCAGAAACUUCAGUUUUCUCGUUUAUUUUACCCUCUUUUCCACCCAACCACCAGCCAAGUGACUUCCCCUGUCCUUCUCCUUUCCUGCACAUCUCUAGAAAAUGUCACCUUUCUAGAGCCCUCAACCCCAAAGUUCCUGAGGGUGCUACUGGCCUGAGUUGCCCUGCAGGGCGAGGGGAGAGCCGUCUGUUCGCUGAAAACACUCAUAACCAUUCCUUUAGAUUCGUUUGCCUUAUGGUUGUCAUAAACGCGAUUUGCAAAAACAAGGAGCCUUAGUGAAUGUACAGUACCUAGACUUCUGUGUUCACACAGAAGGGGCAACUUUGCUAUUUGGUCCAGUAAGUGGACAACUUGUGAUAUAAAUGUGGAAAUAAAAAAAAAAAAGAACAUUUGCACAAACUAGUUUUGGAAUCAUUUCUCAUUUGCACUUGUGUAUAGCUAAAUCCUGCCUUUCCUCACAGGAAAGUCCCUGCGGCCCACAGC